AAAUAAAACUGCCGUCAAAUCAUUGCAGCGAUUCUAUCUUAUCGGAAGAUAAUCAUUUGCAGUGUUUUGGCCAUCGUAAUUAUUACGUAGCACAAACCAUACUUUGUUUUGCAAAAUUUCCAAUCCGUGACGUUCUGCCGAUAAGGCUACUGGAUGGAGAGGGCGAUAUAAAUAGUGAUCCACCGCAACAAGGAUUCAGUUUUCGCUUCGAAAUAGCAAGAGUAGCACAUCGAACAUGGGCAGAUCAGUUACUGUGUUAGUAUUCGCUUUGGCAUCGCUGGCAUUGGCCUCGGCCCAAUGUCCGCGGAUCAUCAAUCGCGCCGGUUGGGGUGCUCGGUCAGCCAGUACCGGCACUUUGCCGAACCGACCCGCGCCUUGGGUCGUGAUCCACCACACCGCUGGAGCCCACUGCACAACGGAUGCGGCCUGUGCCCAGCAGAUGCGCAACAUUCAGGCGAUGCACAUCGACACCAACCGCUGGGCGGACAUUGGCUACAAUUGGUGCGUCGGAGAAAAUGGAGCCGCCUACGAGGGACGUGGCUGGGGCCGACAGGGUGCCCACGCGCCAAGCUUUAACGACCGCUCGGUUGGGAUAUGUGUGCUGGGUACCUUCACCAAUGGUAUUCCCAAUGUGGCCGCUCGCAACGCCGUCCAGCAGCUGAUCUCGUGUGGGGUCGCAGCCGGACACAUCAGCAACUCGUACUGGCUGAUUGGACAUCGGCAGGCCAAUCCCACCGCUUGCCCUGGGGAUGCAUUCUUCAAUCACAUCCGCACCUGGCCGCGCUUCAAUCCGAAUCCGUGAGAUGGGUGGAGUGAAACAUAUUUUGUUACGUUGGUUUUCGUAGCCUGUAGAGAAAAUAAAUUUUGUUUCAAUUUA